AUGGUGUUGAGGAACGGUAGGGUUAGAGGUGCUGCUACAAUUGCUAUUGAUGAGGAUGUGGCUCUAAUGGUGGAGGAGAGUAAAGGUCCAAAAGAGGGUUGGAUUUUGGAUUCGGGAUGCUCACAACAUAUUUGUUGUAGAAAGGAGAGGUUUACUUCUUAUAAACAAAGUGAUGGGUUGUGUGUUACCUUGCCUAACGGGGAAGAGGCAAAGGUUGAGGGUAUAGGUGAGGUUGAGAUCAAGACACAUGAUAGGAAGACUCGAAAAUUACGAGAGGUAAGGUAUAUCUCGAGACUUGAUCGCAAUCUCAUAUCUUUGGGUCGUUUAGAUGACUUGGGUUAUGCUAUUCAUAUUGAGAGAGGUCGUUUGGAGGUCACCAAGGCUAAGAGUGUGAUCUUGAGGGGACGACAUAACAAACAAAAUCUCUUCAUACUCGAAAGAGGUAGUGGAAGACGGAUUUCGGCUCAAGGGAAGGCAAGCUCCGAAAGUUGUUUGCUGGUUCGUGAAGAGACUCAGUUGAGUUUAAGGGAAGAGUUUGUUCUCAAUCGUUCGUGA